AUGGCGCCAAAGACCCCUGCCACAGCUGAACCCGGUGACGACGUGAAGCUCCUGAAGCUCCUGCGGGUGGCCAAAACAGGCAGUGCUGCUCCACUGCAGAAUCAAUACCAAGCUGUCGUCUCUCUCUCUACCCAGCACGAGAUUGAGGCUCUCGUCUACCGAUCUUAUCAGGGACACCGCCAGCUGUCCCCUUCGGCAUGUCGGUCACUGGUCACUGGUCACCAUGCCGCCGUGCACGACCAGAGGAUAUUUGUUUGGAUGGAUGAAUGGGUGGAUGGAAGAAUGACGACAAUGUCGAUUGAAGAAAUUGAGUUGAAGUGGUGGAGUCUGUUUAUUCUCUUCUGCUUCACCUCUUCCAACCCCGCGACAUUCCCGAGUUCUGUGAACUCAGUCGGCAUCAGUCCGGGUUGGCAAUUUCUUGGCGAUCCUCCCGGAGUCAAGUUGCUGCCGGUUACUGAUCUCGUUGGAGACUCGUCCUGGUUUUUGAACCGCGCAACACGCGUGUUGCGGCGGUAG